AUGCCGUUAUGCCAUUCGGGUGCCUUGCCCUGCGAGAUGGGCGAAAUUACAAUAGCAUGUCUGAUGUCACGGACAAAUAUGAGAUUGGACAGGUCCUCCGAGCGAAGGAGUUCUGCGAGCUGUGCCUGGCUAAGGACAGACAGACAGACAAGGUGUUUGUCUGCAAGAAAUUCCUCAAGAAAGAUGGCAGGAAAGUCCGAAAGGCUGCCAAGAACGAAAUCAUGAUCCUGAAAUUGGUCAACCAUCCAAACAUCCUGCAGCUGAUAGACACAUUCGAGACCCGGAAAGAAUACUUCAUCAUCCAGGAACUAGCCACAGGAGGAGAUGUAUUUGACUGGAUUCUGGACCAAGGGAAUUACACGGAGAGAGACGCUUCCAAUGUCAUUAGGCAGGUCCUCGAGGCUGUGGCAUACUUACACUCCCUCAACAUAGUUCACAGGAACCUGAAGCUGGAAAACCUGAUGUACUACACAGAAAACAACCACAACAAAGUAGUUCUGCGAGAUUUCUAUCUGUCCCGGUUUGAGAACGGACCCAUCACAGAGCCUUGUGGAACACCAGAAUACCUGGCUCCUGAAGUGGUGGCUCGUCACCGUUAUGGUCGUCCUGUGGACUGCUGGGCUGUGGGUGUUAUUAUGUUCAUACUGUUGUCAGGUAACCCUCCUUUUUAUGAUGAAACAGAGGAGGAGAACACAGAUCUACAUAAUCGCAUCAUCUUCUGUCGCAUUGUUGCUGGUGACUUUGAGUUUGAUUCUCCGUACUGGGAUGAUAUUUCACCUGCAGCUAAGGAGCUUGUCUGUAGACUCAUGGAGGUGGACCAGAUGCUGAGAAUCACCGCACAGGAUGCACUUUGGCAUGAAUGGAUUGCAGGGAAUGGUGCGUCAGAGAAGAACCUAAAGGAUGGUGUGUGUGCCCAGUUUGAGAAGAACUUUGCAAAGGCCAAAUGGCGGAAAGCGAUCCGUGUCACCACCUUCAUGCAACGAUUAAAGAAUUCAGAAGCACUGAAUGACAGUUCAGCAGAGGCUCAGGGAAGUGAGGAGGCAGGAGAUGGUGAAGGGGGUGUGUCCCAGGGGACAAGUGAUGAGGGAGACAAAGGGACAAGUGAUGGAGGGGUGACGUCAAGUAGUGUGUCUUUAGAAGUUACUGUUGAAAAUACCCCGGUGGGUAUGGACCAGGAUGAGGGGAGGCGUAAGGUUGGAGAAAAACAGGAUGAGGUGAAGAUGAGUAUCCGCCCAUCUGAUAUUCUCGAGCCUCCGUGUCAACAAAGUCAAACAAAUGCAGCCCCCAAACUCACACAGGAGGAGCUUGAUAAGGUCGGUGCAAAGAAGACAGCAGGUGAUGGAACCAGGAAAAUGGCUGCCAAUUUAGGUCAAAAUAAAGUUGUUACAGAAUCCAAAGCGACCCCUGUGAUGACACCUGACCCCUCCAAGCUGUCGGACAGUUCAUCAGGCAUUAUACCUGACAAAAAACACACAUCCGCCUCCCCUGAUCCCAGCAGCAAACGUAAGAUGGCUGCAACGUUCCAUGGCCUCUCACCCACAGCCCCUGCAGCUGGAACCGGCUCAACAGAGAAGAGGCCAGCCACACAGAAGGAGCAGAAGGAUGAGACUGACGGCAGCUGGUGUCAGACACAAGUACCUGAGGCAGUGGCAGAGCGGUCAGUGGCAGUCGCUCCAGCAAUGGGGCCUGGAACUGGGGUGGAUGUAGGACCAGGAGUUAGGUUAAGGGAUGAUGCUAGCCCAUUGGUUAGAAGGGACAGAGAGGCCAGGACAACAGACAGAUACAGCGCUGAGUUUAGCAUUGCGAGGCCAGGUCCCACGACAGGACAGGGUUGUUAUACCGUAGGUAGCUCUGCUAGUUUGGGCCGUCAUGCCACACCAUACAAUCCAGAAAUUGCCACUGUAGGGAUGGGGAUGGCAGGGAGCUAUGGUAGUCCAUACAGUUCCUUGUAUACGAGCGGAGGAGGGGUAGGGAUGUAUGGGACUGGGCUACCACAUGGAGCAGGCGGGAGCAGCGCUACAAGCGACUGGCAAAUGGACAGUGUGAUCGAGCAGAUAGAAAAGCAAAUGGCCGCAGUGCUGGAGAAGAUUGAGGGAGACAUGCCCUCGCUGCUUGAGCAAAUCAGUGACUGCUCCGCUGAUCCACCACGUGCCAGGAGCACACACGCCUCACCUGCCACCUCCCGCACACGCUCCUCACAGCACUCCACGACCGCAACCUCAGCCACUCCUCCGCCUCUCCCAACCUCUCCCAGGCCUGCGCUGCCAUCUAUCCCUCGCCUUACUAUCCCUCCACCCUCCUAUCCUCCACCCUCCCCACCCACACAAUCCUCAGCCCAGGCUGCGGGAGAGCAUGAAGACACGGAUGGACAAAGGGAUGCUGCUCGUUCCAGCCAGUCCCCCAGAGCUGGGAUGGGUAGGGGGCUAUGAAGCAGGUGUCCAUGAUGCAAAUCACAACACCUGGAACAUUGGAUAUAUAGUUUAAUUGUGAGGUUUUAAAGAUUCUCUCCCAGAGUUUUCAUCCACUUAUUCCCCAAAGGAAAACCAUGCAACGUUGUUUGGUUUGGCUGUGUGUUCAUAUUGAGAAUAGUGGUUGCGAGAAAACUCCCGAAGGCAUUCAAAUACUCUCAUGACUGGAGUGUUGGGGGAGUAACAUAGGGUACUGUAUCACUCUGUAGGACAGCUGCAAAGAGAAAGAGAGUUUGCUGAUCUAAUCCAGAUUGUGUGCAUGAAUGCUUACCACACAACCUUCUCAUGCUGGAAUCCAAGCACUCAGCGCAGGUAGCAAAUGAUGGAUCUACAAAAGUAAGAAUAGCUUGGUUAAAUCUUCAGCUAAUGGUGAGAGUUACAGCUAGGAAGUGAUUUGCAUUAUCCCCUAAAAACUGUAAAUACACACAAAGAACUAGGUUCCUAACUCUUGCUGUGCUCCCAUGUUGUAAACUUUCUCACAUCCAAACUGACAUUUACUUUUUCAAAACAGCUCAUCCCAUUUCAUUAUUUUAUUGUACCUUUUUUAUGUAGCUAUUCAUUCUAUAGUGAGGCUGCAAAAUCAUAAGCUUGCAGUCACAGAGUUGUACAGACAUUUGUGAAACUGAGCUGAUUAAGCCUUCCCAUUGGCUGCUGAAGAUAGGGAUUUGUUUAACUGUAUAGUGUAUUUAAACUUGAUUUGUCACUCAAAGUCUUGUGAGUUGCUCCACAACUGUUGAAGAGUUGAGGAAGAUUUUAAGACACAACAUGUUGUGUAAAUGCUUUGCAAUAACACAAAAAACACGGACACUCACUCACAUUAACUUUUUCAAAGUUCUCCAAAAGUUUAGCCCAGAAAGUGUUUUAAUUUUUAUCCUGUUUUGUCGAUACAUUCAUUUGGUAGGCCUACUGCCAAUUGGAAUUCUGUCUAUCAUUUCCCCUUGAUACAAAAAAAUAUAUAUAUUUCUGAAGUUCAUUCUGCUUUUGGAUCUAUGUAAUACCAGGUUCUGUGCUUUUCUCCUGAACAAGUCUAGACUUCCACUAUUCUGUCCCUAUGUAA